UUAUACAUUCUCCUCCACUUCCAUCACAUCUUCUCUUCCUUUAAAUCCACCACCACCAUCUUCUUCUUCUUCACUGUCUAAUGGAGAAUUAUCCCUUAUUAUUCAACCCACAACUCUAUAACAACAACACUACAAGUGAGCUCGGGCAAGAGGUGAAGGAUAAUUAUCAUAAUAUUGAUGGUGGAAACAAAGAUAGCCUUGUUCUUGAGUCGAAUGGAUGCGAGGCAAGAAAGAAGAUGAAGGGGGAGAACAAGGAGAGGAGGGCUCGGUAUGCGUUUCAGACGAGGAGUCAGGUUGAUGUUCUUGAUGAUGGGUAUCGGUGGAGGAAGUAUGGACAGAAGGCAGUGAAGAACAAUAAGUUUCCAAGAAGCUAUUAUAGGUGCACUUAUCAAGGCUGCAAUGUGAAGAAGCAAGUUCAAAGGCUAUCAAAAGACGAAGGGGUUGUAGUAACGACUUACGAGGGAAUGCACACUCAUCCGAUAGAGAAAUCCAAUGACAACUUUGAACAUAUAUUGAACCAAAUGCAAAUUUACACUAGGUUUUGAGUAUAUGAUGUUUAUGCAGACGUCUAGCUAGAAAUAAUUUUGUACAAAGAAGUACUUUUUAUACAUAAACUACUUCCAAGCACAUGCAAUAAGCUAUGUUGUUAGCUGUGUCACUUGUUUAAUUCAUGCUUUAAGUAACACUUUUGCUUAUUGUUUGAUAAAGAUGCAAGUUUUUCUGUAAUCCGACUUUUGUAACAGAUUAUAAUCCAGUGACUAAAGUUGUUAAAUGUGCAAUAUAUAUAGUUUCAAGAAAUAUAUUGUUUGGUCUGUGAUCAUGUAUCCAAAUGAUCGCAUGCAUGAGGUUGUUAUUGGGCACUUUGAUCAGUGGAUGUUGCAAUAUACCGAGUAUGGUUUCCAUCGGAAUAAUCAUGCGCGUAGAUUGUUUUUACAAAAUAAAAUAGUUAGAUCAUGUUUGGCUACUACUUAUUUUUUAAAUCCUUAUAAGUUAUUUAUUAUUUUUUU